UUCUCUCACUUCUCGAGCCGAAUUUGCAUCAGUGGUCUAAAUGGUCUGAAUAUCUGAGUUAGGGUUUGGGAUGAUACGCGUAUAUGAGCAGGAAAGUAAUAAAAAAGACAUAUGAGAUUAUAACGGUAAUGUAAUAAAGUAAUCGUGUUUUGUCAUGAAUCAAUUCUGAGCAUAUCCCAGGAUAAUGAAGGAGAAUUAUAAGUUUGAAGUGUCAGCUAGAAAUUCAUAUUCCUUGAAGAAAAAUAUGGAGUUCAGUGUGCAUAUGUCAUGUACCUAUUCCCGAGUGAUACGGUAACGGGAAACUGAUCCGUUUCGACGAUAAUAGCGGUUCUUCUAUCAUGUAGAAACAUAAGUGGCAACGGGUCAUCGUAAUAUUUUGAGACCUUCGCAUUUAUUCUUUUAUACAAUAUCAUUUUGUAAUUAUAAAAUAUUUGAAGGCCUACCGUUUUACAUUGUGCACAUGUGGUACCUAUUUCAUGUUGUGUAUUCCGUAUAAAUUAAAUUGUGUACUGGAUCAGCUAAGUUGAACCUGGUUAUAUCUAAUUACAACAUACAAAUGAUAGUCUGUUGUUGUAAUAUUUGGUAAAAUUUCAAGAAUGUGACAGUAUGUUUUAUGUAUAAUGGUCGAUCAUUCAUUUGGUGUGUAAAAUGCUCACUGGUUUUGCCUGUGUACAGAAGGCAAUAUGAGGUUUUGCACGGCAUGGUAAGACCACACCAGAACUUACUUGUACUUUCCAUAUUUCUUGCUACUUGUAUCAUGGUGUUUGUUCACGUGUUCUUGUUUCCAUUGUAUGAUACAAUGCCAAAGAAAAAAGAAAUGAAAUUUCUAGGAGAUUUUGAGCAGUCUUUGUGCACCACAAACUUAAAGCCAGUUAGAAUUCCUCUGUAUUGGAAGCAUCAUUGCCCAAAGGAUGGGAUAGUAACCGUUGCACAGGGUGGACGUUUAGGAAAUCAAAUGUGGGAAUAUGCCUCGACAUGGGCAGUGGCCCGUAGGACUGGGUUAGAGCCUUAUGUCCCACGCUGUAUACGUAAGGUGCUUGAUGAAGUUUUUGAGGACCUAAACAUCCCUCCACUGGGCUAUGUGUCACACUGCCCUGCCAAGUGGGACAGCGUCAUCACGACCCCAGAAUUUUGGAGUUACACAAACCAGAGCAUACUCUUACCACGCUUUGCAGUUCUGCCAGAAUUGGUCCUUACUUGGGUUGAUGAUAUCCGGCAUGAGUUUCGGUUCAAACGGCGAUUAGUUGAGGCAAGCCGGAAGGUUCUGGAAAGUGCAAACCAACUAUUGAACAGCACUGCCUUAGUUUAUGUUGGUAUUCAUGUUAGGAGGACUGACUAUCGUGAUUAUUUAUGGCGAACACACAAAAUGUUUCUAGCACAUGAGGACUUUUUUAUUGAGGCCAUGAACUACUUCCGCAAGAAAUUCGGAGGUAAUGUGGCAUUUCUGGUUGUGAGUGAUGAUCCUGGUUGGUGUCGGCAGAACCUCUUGAAGGGCCAGAGCGAUGUCUUUGUGGUGAGUAAAGGUGGAGUCACCAGUCCAGGUCAAGAUCUUGCUAUUAUGGCAGCUUGCAAUCAUUCCAUCAUCGACUAUGGUACCUUUGGUGUAUGGGGUGCCAUUUUGGCCAGUGGAGAGACUAUCCUUUAUAAUAUCACCAAUCAUUCUUCAAUCCGUGUGUCUGAACUGCUGCCAAAUUGGCAUGUCAUGAAUUAAAAUACUAUCUAGGUUGUGACUGUAAUGCCCAACAUUCUCUAAAGGCUGAUAAUGUGUUCUCAUUUAAAUCAUUGUGUUUGUAAUGCAUUUCACUUUCUAAAAUUGAAGUGUUUACAUAAUGUUAACAUUUUGUGUAAGUACACCCCACACAGUGUUCACUCUGGGAAAUAAAAUUCAUGUUAAUUUGUGCUUAGAGAAUUGUAUAUUUCAGUUCUGUAGAUGAUAGGAUACUAACAAACAUAUCUUUCACAGGCUGAUUUAAUAAUUUAGCAACUGCAGUAAAAUAAUCAGAAGGGCAGAGGAUUUCAGUUUUAUUAUUAAAGCCUUGCUGAUUGGUGUCUUUACAUUGCUUUUAUAUAUUACUGUCAUUGCAGAUUAAUAUCUGGAUACAUCAGCUGGUGGUCUAUUCUGUUGAUGUCAGGCUGCUGGGUGAUAAUAUAGAUACUGUAAAGAAAAAAUAAC